UUUGAGACAACGUGAAUUUUCCGAUUCUAGUGGCAGUUGCCAAGGAAAACUGUAACCAGACUCCCAAUUAACGUGCCAAAGCUUCACACACACCCGCGCGCACCAUACAGGAGACGUUUUCAGAUCUGAAGCCAACAUCCGUUUUCAUCAUGGUUACCCGGAAAAUGGAGCAGUUCAUAGAUAACAUGCCGUCAGUGGACCUGAUGCGCUCGGAGAAGAUGACCUUCGUUCAACUCAUCAUCCCUGUUGAGUCCGCUCAUCGGGCCGUCACUUAUUUGGGCGAACUCGGCCUCUUCCAAUUCCGAGAUUUAAAUGAUGAUAAAAGCCCUUUCCAGAGAACAUUUGUUAACCAGGUCAAGCGAUGUGCAGAAAUGUCAAGAAAGCUACGAUUCUUCAAAGACCAAAUCAACAAAGCUGGUCUUAUGUCUUCUCCUCAUCCUGUUUUGCAACCAGAUAUUGAGUUGGAGGAACUAGAGUAUCAACUUGCUGAGCAUGAACAUGAGCUAAUUGAACUGAACUCUAACAGCGAGAAACUUCAUCAAUCAUAUAAUGAGCUCCUGGAGUUUAGGAUUGUUUUGCAGAAGGCACAUGGUUUUCUGGCCUCAAAUCAUAGCCAUGAAUUUCCAGAGAGGGAGCUGGAGGAGCAUGUAUACUCAAAUGAUGGUUUUGUUGACACAGGAUCUUCACUUGAGAAGGAAAUGAAGCCUGGCUCAUCAUAUCAAUCUGGUUUAAGAUUCAUCAGCGGAAUAAUUUGUAAAUCCAAGGUUCUUAGGUUUGAAAGGAUGUUGUUUCGAGCUACAAGAGGCAAUUUGCUUUUCAAUCAGGCUGCAACUGAUGAGCUCAUAGAGGAUCCCGUUUCAAAUGAGAAGAUAGAGAAAACAGUGUUUGUCGUGUUCUUCUCUGGGGAGCAGGCAAGAACAAAAAUUCUUAAAAUCUGUGAGACAUUUGGUGCACAUUGCUACCCUAUCCCUGAAGAUAUAACUAAGCAAAGACAAAUAAGUAGGGAGGUCUCAUCACGCCUUUCUGACUUAGAGGCGACUUUGGAUGCUGGGAUUAGGCACCGGAAUAAGGCCCUAGCUUCUGUAGAGGCUCAUCUAGCAAAAUGGAUAAACAUGGUAAGAAGAGAGAAGGCUGUGUAUGAUACCCUGAACAUGUUAAAUUUUGAUGUCACAAAAAAAUGUCUCGUUGGAGAGGGUUGGUGCCCUGUAUUUGCAAAAACGCAGAUUCAGGAGGCACUGCAGCGUGCAACUUUUGAUAGCAGCUCUCAGGUUGGCAUAAUCUUCCAUCCAAUGGAUGCAGUGGAAUCACCACCCACAUAUUUUAGGAUCAACCGCUUUACGAGUGCAUAUCAGGAAAUUGUUGAUGCAUAUGGUGUUGCAAGAUACGAAGAAGCAAAUCCUGCAGUUUACACAGUUAUUACAUUCCCGUUUCUUUUUGCGGUGAUGUUUGGGGACUGGGGUCAUGGAAUUUGCUUGUUGCUGGGGGCAUUGGUUCUUAUAGCACGUGAAAGCAAGCUCAGUAAGCAGAGACUUGGAAGCUUUAUGGAGAUGAUAUUUGGUGGCCGUUAUGUGCUUCUUUUGAUGUCGUUGUUUUCAAUCUACUGUGGGUUAAUCUACAAUGAAUUCUUCUCUGUUCCUUUUCACAUUUUUGGGAAGUCUGCUUACACAUGCCGAGACACUUCAUGUAGGGAUGCACGUACUGCUGGCUUAGUCAAAUCACGAAAUACAUACCCAUUUGGGGUGGACCCUAGCUGGCGUGGAAGUCGUUCAGAACUGGCUUUUCUCAAUUCUCUCAAGAUGAAGAUGUCCAUUCUUUUAGGUGUGGCGCAGAUGAACUUAGGGAUUAUAUUAAGCUACUUCAAUGCGCAUUAUUUUGGCAGCUCAGUGGAUAUAAGGUACCAGUUUGUGCCACAGAUGAUUUUUCUGAACAGUCUCUUUGGGUAUCUUUCUCUUCUCAUUGUCGUUAAGUGGUGCAAUGGUUCUCAGGCAGACCUUUAUCAUGUAAUGAUAUACAUGUUUCUUAGCCCCACUGAUAAUCUUGGUGAAAAUCAGUUGUUCUGGGGCCAAAGACCACUUCAAAUUGUGUUGUUGCUGUUGGCUUUAAUUGCAAUUCCUUGGAUGCUGUUUCCAAAACCCUUUAUCCUAAAGAAGCUUCACCACGAGAGAUUCCAAGGACGCACUUAUGGUAUGCUUACUACCACUGAGAUGGAUCUCGAGGAGGAACCAGAUUCUGCCAGGCAACAUCAUGAGGAAUUCAAUUUCAGUGAGGUCUUUGUUCAUCAAAUGAUCCACUCUAUCGAAUUUGUUCUAGGCGCAGUUUCAAAUACUGCAUCAUAUCUUCGACUUUGGGCAUUAAGCUUGGCCCACUCAGAGCUUUCAACUGUUUUUUACGAGAAAGUGCUACUUCUUGCUUGGGGGUAUGACAAUCUUGUUAUCCGGUUAGUGGGGCUGGCCGUCUUUGCCUUCGCAACUGCCUUUAUUCUUCUCAUGAUGGAAACCCUCAGCGCUUUUCUCCAUGCACUGCGCCUUCACUGGGUAGAAUUUCAAAAUAAAUUCUACCAUGGCGAUGGCUACAAGUUCAGACCUGUUUCCUUUGCCUCGUUAACAGAGGACGAUGAUUGAUCCGAUUCUCAAAUACACGAAUGGGACUAUUUACAUAAGCAGGAGGACCAUAAAAAGAAAAUGUAUAGGAAAUCCAAUUUGGCGGCUGUGGAGUUUGGGUUUGCUUAAUGUUAUGCUGCCUGACGCCGACAUUGCAACAGAACUUAUGGGUCAUUAUCCUAUGGCUAUGCUACUGUAUAAAAUUGCUGCCAACAGUUACGGAUGCCAUCUUUAGGAGGACAUUUACUCAAGGUUUUUUUUCCCUUUUUUUCGGGGACAGGUUGUUAUUCUGUUUCUUAGAAUAUAGGAUAGGAAAAGGGAAAAGUCAAGGGAGGAUAACGUCUACACUAACUCUUGUAAGACCGGAGAUUCAUCAUAGACUCUAGCAAUUGGAUUUUAGUUUUGGGGUUACACACACAGACACACAUUGUUCCGCUGCUUUGGCUGGAACGAGAUACUUCGUUCGGAAUUUUUCUUGUAAUGAAUAAUGAUUAUAGAAUUGUAGAAAUUAUAAAAUUCCAUUCUUUAUAGUAAAUCAGUUGAAUAAGACAUGGGAAUGUGAUUUAUUUGGAAAGUAAA